CUUUUGACGUGAAUGACAAAAUGUCAAAAUUUCUUUUCAGCCUAAUGCCUUCAUGACAAUAAUUCCGUGAAAUAUUUUUUAAUACUUUCAAUAUGGUGGAAACCAACCCACAAAUCGAAGCAGAUAGGCGCCUCCUCAAGUUUGAGGCAUAUGAAGAUUACUUGGAUUCAAUGGUUACGGUCUUCGAUAAAUGCUUGCUUCCAAACAGAUUAGUUGCAAGACAUAUUGCUGAACUAGGAUAUAGAACUUGUGGAGAGACGCUCAGCAGAGAACAAUUCGAGAGAAGGCGUGCAGCUGUAAUCAAUUAUCUUCAUCCCCCCUACAAACCUUAUAGUAUGGCAAGUACUGGUCUUUUGUUAGGAGAUCCGGCCCAAAGAGAAUUGGCUCUGAGAGAAAGACCAAACCGAAUUGGCAUAUUAGCUACGAUCAUCUUCCUGAGGCAUUCGAAUUCUGCGGGAUCGGAGAUAUCCGGCUACAUCGAUUACGCGGACCAGUUGAAGAGGAGGGAUUGGAAUCAGUUUUUCAAAAGACAAAUGCUCAUUCUACCAAAUGCUCAAGAUCUCGGAUUCUAUCAUUGGAAAACGAAUCAGACCACAACUAAUGAUUCGGAAAAUUAUAAGGUAAUGGCCACAACAGAGAGAGGCUUACAAUUCCAGAAUAGAUUCGACAGAAAAGUUAUAACCGUGGAUCCCUGCAGUGAACCAGGACACAAUACAACGAGAAAAAGGGUUCCUUCGAAAAUGUAUACUCACUUCAUUGUUUUCGAUCAUAUUGUACGGCAAAGAAUAUAGACAAUAAUAUUAUUC